UAUACCAGAAGCCAGGUCACGCCCAUACUAGCACCUUUAUAAUAUAUUGAAGCAUGCAACUGACUCACGAAGACAUACAUGCACAUGUAUGAAGCUGACCGUUUCCAGUUAUUGACAGCACAGUUUGAUCUAUGAUUGAUUAAUUUGAUAUCUUAUUGCAACCGUUAUGAACGGGAUGUAUGGCCUUCUGCAGUGUGUAUUACUGUGCGUGUUGAAGGUGGUGAUGGUACUAGGAGAAGCGACAGGACAGACGGGAGGACCGACAGGACAAACAGGGUCUUCACUUCUUCCACCAGGUACUCAAGUUGCCAAAAACUGUUCUACAAUCCAAGAUGGCAUACUACUGUGGUUAGCUUGUCCUGUUGACCAAGCAAUACAAGUUUUGAAUGUACGAUAUCGACAGUCAAUAUCGACAGGUGGCUGUAGUCAGUUGGCUGACACUGUGGCAUGCACUGACGUAGCCAACAACCUGCAAACACGUGCAGAUUUGGCGAACGAGUGCGAUUGGUUAGACAUGUGCCAGGUGGAAAUACAUCCACAGCCAUAUGCCCAGUGUCUUUUGGAGGCGGCAAUCACAUUUAGAUGUCUACCAGUUCAAUACAUGUGUGACGGUGAUGGAUACAGAACGGAACCAAGGAUCUACCUGGCCAGUAUUGACUUCCCGUACCCACUGCCUAAUGAUGGGUCUACCUGUGUUUGUGAAUUUAGGGGGGAAAGCAAUGCAAAUUAUGUCACGGGAAAUCUGUUAUUCAGUAGUAGAACUCAUGUAUCGGAGUGUCAGCGUACCGGCGCAGAAGAGUCACAUUUAGAAAUAUCUGGCUCGGCCUCACUGGGACCUGACUGCACCCGAGUCAACCAAUACAACGUGACUACAAAGUUGAUAACAGUGACAUUGUAUGGUGGAGGCAACCCAGACCCUUUCUUGUUUAUAUUUGAAGCUGCUGACCCUGGAUACUUGGUGUCAAUCAGCUGUAACAUGAUAACAGUCAGUUCUACCACGAAAUUACCGCCAUCCAAUCCACCGUCUACCACUACCUCAAAUGGACAGAGUGGUUCAGGUUCAAAUUCUGGUUCAGGUUCUGGUUCAAAUUCUGGUUCGGGUGCGAAUUCUGGUUCAGGUUCAGGUUCCGGGCAGCAGAAUGGCACUGGACAAUCAGAUUCUCUUAAUAUUGGUAUGAUUGUUGGGAUCGUUGCUGCUGCUGUGGUAGUUGUUGUUGUUGUGAUUGCUGUAACUGUCAUUCUGUUAAGGAGAAACAGAGGGGCUCCCGAAUCGCAAUCUCGUCCAGCUCCCAACAUGGCCACACACCCGUCAUCUGAAAAACUAAAAAUGAAUAGCAGAGACAACAGUACCCGGAGCAGCAACGCUUACUCCCCGCCACCAUUCACGCGGCAGAAAACCUCCGACACGCUUUAUGAAGAGAUUCCCUAUGACAAUCCAAGUUUUGAAGGGGAGGGCGCCAAAGCACCAGCACCGCCCCCCAGACCCAUCUCCACAAUGGCACCUACACCUGGAGUGUACGCUGGGGAGUACAUAGAUAUGACAGCAGGGGAGAAGCAGCCCUCUGAAAAUGCGUACAUGGGUUUAGUUGGACCCCAUUCAACUGCUGAAUAUUCUGGGGGUACAGGAAGUGAAUACUAUCUUACUCCAAAUCCGUAGAGAUCAUUUGUAUCGAAGAGAGGAGAAAAUUGGACCAAAAGGACAGAAACAUUUAGUGAUUUUGUUAAAAGCGGAACUGGGCCGAUUGUGAUGUAGUCAGAAAUGCAUUUUGCAUUUUUUUUCGGGAGGUGCGAGGGGGUGAAUGGGAAAAAUUUACAAUUAAGCCCAGGAAACUUUUUGUUAAUGUUCCCAUGCUCGUAAGUCCCCAAUCUGUGGAUUGAGCAUUUCCUCUAAGAUAAAAAAAACCGAGCGUUCCUGAAAUUUAGAUGCUAAGCCCUAUUAAUAUUAAACGUUAUAAAAAUUUGCACUGUAGACCCUGAACACAGAGUCGCCGCUCGUUACCCAACCUAUCAAUUUUGUCUGGUCAAGGGGUACAUUUAGGGGGCAUGCGCGUUUAGUGCAAUUACCUUACACAAGAGUUGUUUUCUCAAAUAAAUAUGCACUAUAGGGCUACUGCAUUCUUUUUGUUUCCGAUUUGUUCGUGGUUGAUAUCUAUCAGUGCUUCUGAGCAAGUUAUAAUAAAAGCAACACGUUUUUGUGAUUUGAAAUAUAGAGAGAUAUCUGAAAAAAGCUU